CAUCCCGGUUUUGCGAGAGCAGUGGUCAGUUACGUAAUUAAUCACAUCUAUUAACGUGCGGUCCUAAUUCUGUGGUUGAAAUUCGUCGAACCUUAUAACAAAUUUAAGAUUUUUAACUGUUGGGUGGGCAUAUAUAUUCUGCGUUUACCGGAAAUAUAGAUAUGUUCAACAAUGGCUUACUUCUGUUUGUUGGAUUUGGAAUUAUUUUCCAGCAGCAUCUUUGCGAUGGAAUGGACAUUUCAGAAAUACCACAGCCCGACGGUUUCAUAAUUACAACUUUCUCCAACAUUGCCGAUACUGGAACAUUUCAAUCUCAUCCGGGUUUUCCUUCCGCUCCCUAUCAAGCCGGACAAAACACUCGUUUCAUAAUCGCCGCGGCGGAAGGUCAACUGGUGAAACUGACGAUCGACGUUACCCAAGCCAGUCAAUUCUUCAUUCGCAGAUAUGACUUUGCCGUAAUGUUGGACGGAUUGUACGCAACGAGAAUGGACACUCCGUGCAACGUGUCCAGUUAUAGGGCAUUAGGUUUAAAGGACUUGGAUUAUCAAUCGGUGGUUAUGGCCGAAAUUAGCAACGCCCGGACAUAUACCAGCAUCACCAACAUUCUGGUGGUGGAUUUCUGUGUUAACAACUUCACGGCUGACGUGGACGCAAUGAAGGGCUUCCAAGCCAGCUGGCAGUUGGUGCAGCCCACCGCAAUUCGGGGCGUCACACCUGCCGGGGAUAAAUGCGGACAGCCGCUAGUGUCGCCGGCGGCCCAACGGCAAAAUACAGUGCGCAUCGUUGGCGGUGUGCCGGCGGUGUCGAAGAGCUGGCCCUCCAUCGGUGCACUGGUAUAUCAGGGGAAGCAACAGUUUUGCGCCGGUACUAUCCUCAGUAAUCAAUGGGUCGUCACUGCCGGACAUUGUGUGAUAUUUGAUAAUGCUACCUUUGCUUCGUCGGUACAGUUUUUCUACGGAAGUCAAAAUAACAACCUUUCGCUUUCGCAAUCAGUGCCCAUCGCCUACAUCGCCCAACAUGAAAGAUAUAAUGUUCCUUCCAGUGGAUUACCGGCUUUUGAUGUCGCCAUUAUCAAAUUGGCACGUCCCAUCACGUUUAGCGAUUCCGUCCAGCCAAUGUGCCUGCCGUCCAGUGCGGCCAACGCCACCAAGACACCGAUUACCGGAAGUAAUAAUCGACCGAUCACCUACGUUGCGGGAUACGGUCUCCUCAGUGAAACGCAGAAAGCGUUUCCUAACGCUAACCAACCUGGGUCAGGAAGCAACAGUCUGAUGCAGACUACCGUUGAAUUAUACAGCAACGUGGCGGAUUGUAAGGCUGCUUAUCCUACUCUCCCAAGCACGGCGAUUUGCGCAGGGAUCAAAGCAGGUGGUCAAGAUGCCUGCCAAGGUGAUUCGGGAGGUCCAUUAAUUCUGCAGCUGAUGGACCAGUCCUAUGUUCUGAUAGGAGUCGUAUCUGCUGGAACUGGAUGUGCACGAGCACAGUAUCCCGGCGUUUACACGGACGUAUUCGCCAUGAUACCAUGGAUUAAAAGUAAAAUAGGAUGGACUUCGACAGCGGGUUAAGAUGGAGUGUCCCUGCAUUUCCGGUUGGUGAUUUUUGAUUUCCAUGUGAUUUUUGUGCUGUCAAUAAGGAGUUAUCUGAGGCGAACUUUCUGUACGAAAUAGUGCCGGUUAAAUGUGUUUCGGUAAAAGA